AUGAAGCAACGAUUACUACAGGAAAGUAAUCGUGCAGACAAGGGCGACGACGAAGACAGCAACAGAAGGCGAACCAGCACUCCGAAAGAGGUAAGCUCGGAUCUCUUAAGAGAAAUGAGGAAAGAGAUGGACGAACUUAGGAACGCCAUCAAAGGAAAGACGGACCAAAGCUUGGAGAGGAUCGUGCGGAAGACGGACUCACCUUUUACCAUGGCCGUCCAGGAUUGCCCAGUACCCUCCAAAUUCCGUCUACCCCAGCUAGAACCCUUCGACGUGCUGAAAGAUCCCUUGGAUCACCUGAAUACUUUCAGGACGACCCUAGGCCUUCAACAGCCACCUGAUGAGAUUUUGUGCCGCUCCUUCCCUACAACUCUCAAAGGAGCAGCCAGGGAGUGGUUCAACAAGUUGUCAACAUCGUCCAUUGAUAACUUCGAACAGUUAAGCAGUUCCUUUGUUCGUCAUUUCGUAGGCAGGCAGCGUCUAAAAAGGACUGUCAACCAUCUGCUUACCAUCAGACAAAGAGAGAAGGAAUCAUUGAGGUCUUAUGUGACAUGUUUCACCCGAGAAAUGCUGGAAGUAGACGAGGUGGAUGACAAAGUACAUCUCACGACCUUCAAAGCAGGGUUGAAGUCCAGAGAUUUUGUGGCAUCUUUGGCAAAGAACCCCCCUAAGACAAUGGCCGAGGCAUUGCUGAAAGCACGGAAGUACAUGAACGCGGAAGAAGCCCUAACAGCCAUUGACGGAGUAGAAAAGAACAAGGAAAAGAAGAAGGAGAAGGAGGACGAUCGACGAGGGCAAAAAAGGGAUCGGGCUGAUCGACGGAAUGACGAUGGAAAUAGGCAGAGGGAAGACAAGAAUCCUCGUCCAUCAAAAUUCACACUGUUGGUAAUGCCCGUUGACUAG